AUGAGCUCUCAGCUGAAAUUUCCCUUAUUUGGGAACUGCUCAAUCGGUAUCCCAACCAGCGAAGAGUUCGAUAAAAUAUCACAAUAUCUACCGCUCUUGAAGGCCUUUGAGGCAUCGCUCAAGACUCGGGUGAAAGAGAUGUGGGACUUCAGCACUGCCUUUGAGGAACUGGUCAAACAAGAUACUAUGGUUUGGAAGAGUCUUGGGAGAAUCUACGUCGCCCCCACCGAGACUUCAUUCACAAGGUCCGGGAAAAUAUGUCGGCGGCUGUGGAAAUUUGCUUUGGAGAAGAAGUUUUCAAAGAGAUACGCAAAACUGCUCGUCUGUUCUAUGAAAAGAUUCAUCAUUCAAGCCUACCACCCUCAGUUUCUCUCCAGACCUGGACGCUUCGCUAAGACGAGUUCUGAGUUCUUUGAGACUUACGGAAGACCACAGGAUUUGGCGAUUUUGAUGGCUACCCAGCUUGCUGGGCUACAGCAUAUCAUCAAGACCAGGCUUAAUUUUUUUGCAAGUCAUUUUGUCCGAGGCAAAUAUUCUCGGCUGAGUGCUAGCCAGGACUUGGAAAGGCAGGAGCAUUUACGAGAAGCUCUAGGGGCCUUCCAGGUGGCAUUUCCGAAAAAGUUCGAGUUCGAGCUCAGGGAAGCUCGCAGAAAGGAAGAGAAGGGUCUAUUAGAAGGACUCAAAGAUAUCCCCUCUAGAUCUGUAGUUCCUAUGUACACACACCCGAAUGGCCCCAUUUCUGAGCAAGAACAGAUAUUUCGUCUGGAUGCAAGAAAUAACGAUCUACUUUCUACCAUUGCAUCUUUUGAGAAAGUUAUCAAAGAAAUGAAUCUUUUUCACAAUGAGGAGAGCGAUGAUUAUGUCGAGUCUGAGAUUUUCGACUUUGGGGAUAUUCCGACUCCACUUCGAUCAUGGCUCCGGUCCCAGGAUGGGCUUAAGAUUCAUAGUGCGCCAAUAACAAAUCGUGAGACACUGGAAUUGGCAUUUUCCCUUCUUGGCAAAGGCCGCGUAUCGAACCUCGAUCAACUCUCGACUGAAUAUCUCGCCCGCAUGGUCGGAACCAUUUCCAUCCGGAAGAUCACCCGAACUCAAUCAGGAUUCAAGCAAGGCAAAGCGAUCCCGGGAGAGCCGGGGAAAUCAAUACAUCUAAGGUGCAGGGGUUGCCAAAGGCCCGUUUUGGACGACGCUUUCCCUUUCUUUGUUGCGGAACUGCCAAAUUGUUAUAUUAUCGAGGUUGUUCGAAGUGCCCAGAAUGGUGGUAAUGGCUGUGGGCAAAACGGCUGCAAAGGAAAGCCAGGUCUGGUCCCUGCCAACCACGCAGUGCAGAACCAUACUCGUAUGGAAACUAGGGCCAUUUCCCAGACUAAACGCCGCAAAGCAAAUUGGAAGGCCCCCCUAUGCCGCACGGGCAAGGACCUGGAGGGCUGUGCUGAGAUUGUUCGCGUACGCUGCAGGGGUUCUGGUCAAGAGUGGACAAUUCACUCACCCGCUCGCCUCGUUCAACCUCGGCUCAAAUGUGAUUGCGACGGGAAAGAUAAAGAUCAUUACUUCGAGCCUGUGGACAAGAAAAUUGACAUGAUUUCUCUCACAAAUUUGCGGAAAAUCCAUCAGGGCUUUCUGAACGCACACUGCGACUUGGCCGAUUACCCUAAGCUUCCCGGCAUAAUCUUCGACCUCGAGCCAAACGGAGACCCCAAGAAAAAGCCUAGGACGUAUCGAGAAAGAUUCGAAUACCUGAAGAAUGCCAAAAUGGCUUUAACUGGCUCGAAUUAA